UUUUCCCUACGACGUCGUAUUGAACACUUGACUUCCCAAUUAACAGAAACAGCAUUAUGUUCCCCGUCGCCGGCGGUUCAGACGCCGUCAAUACAAGAUCACAACCGCAUCAGAAGCAGUCUCUACCUUCUUAUUUCCAUCUCUAUCCAUUGGUAGAGAAAUUAUCCGAUGAAAUUGAAACUGGAAGUUUGAUUCACUGGUUCGUUCAAAUAAUCCCAUUUAACUUUUCUUCCUUCUUUGUUUGUUUCUUGGAUCUUGGUUUCGUUUUUAUUUGGGAUUUGCAGGUGAGUGACUACGGUAACAUUUGAAACUCGUCACAUUUUUAGCUCACGAGAAGACAGACUGUUGAUGGACAGAUACGAAAGCUGGAAGAAUCCGACAAGGCACUCGGACAAAGAAGACUCUUCUACGAUAUGGAGAUUGUCUCACAUCACAAGUCAAAUAAGCCAGAUCGAAGAAGAAAAGAAUUAACAAUGCUAGUGGUUUUUCUUUAAGAAGAUCAUUGGAAGGUUCCAUGUUCGAGUAGGUUGUACGAAAAUCAUUAUGAAUCCCUCAUGCCUUGUAGUUUGUUUUGGAAUCUUAACCCGUAACAUAAACUUCUUGUUAAGCUUCUAGUUUUUGCUUUUGAAGACGAAGAACAAAAAGGAGGUUUAAAAACUGGAGAAAACUAAGGAACCGAACUCGCCAAACCCGUCAAACAAAAUAUGCCCUCAGGCAAACCUUCUUCUGUAUUCCCUUUACAUCCCAAACCAACACCAUUAAAACCUUCUAGCAGCAGCACCAGCAACACCAAUAGCAGCACAAACCAAGCCUGCGCCGCCUGCAAAUACCAACGCAGGAAAUGCGCUCCCGAUUGUCUUCUCGCUCCUUAUUUCCCUCACGACCGUCACCGCCAAUUCCUUAACGCGCAUAAGCUCUUUGGAGUCAGCAACAUCACCAAGAUCAUCAAAUCCCUUACCCCUCCUGAGAAAGACGCAGCUAUGCAUACAAUCAUGUUUCAAUCCGAUGCUCGUGCCAGUGAUCCUGUUGAUGGAUGCUAUGGCAUCAUAAGAAAGCUUCAAUACCAGAUCGAAUACACCAGAAACGAAUUGGAGAUUGUUCUUCAGCAAUUGGCUAUGUUCCGUGACCGUGCUCAUCAUCAUCAUCAAGAACCGCAAAUCCAGAUGCAAGAACCAGAGGAUCUCUCAAGUUUUUCGAGUUCUUGUGAUAUAAACAACAACAACUCGAUUCCUUACAAUUACGCUCUGAAUCACAUUCAAGAACCAAAUCAACAACAACAACAAUAUUGUUCUUCCGGUAAUAACUUCAAUGGGUUACAAGAAGACAUGUGGUGUCUUCAACUUCAAGAUUCAUCAACGACAGUGAAUAUGAAGGCUGGUUUCAUUGAUGAAUGUGAAGACGUUAAGCCUGUGGAAGAGGUUUCUAGCGAAAGACACGAGUUCGAGCCUCAUGAAGCUUUCGUUGAACAACGGAAACUCGACUUGCCUCCAGCACAAUUCAUCAUUUCUUCUUAGCUUUAUUCUUCUUCUUCAUUUAUACAGUUUUUUUGUUAAUCAGCUUACAUUUUCUUGAAACGUAGCCUUCGUUUUCUUCUUCUUUUUUUUCUUUCCAUUCGGAGUUUUUGUAUCUUGUUUCAUAGUUUGUCGCAGGAUUAGAAUGAAUAGGCAUGGAAUAUUCAAGAAUUUGGUUGAAUAAAAUAUUUUCAUUCUUAAGGUAUGAAGAUAGGCUAGAACGAAUGUGAAAUAAUAAAAAAGGCCCAUGAGAAUCUGAAAGAAGAGAAGCAGGCCCAUUUAUAUUAAAAAGAACAGUAGUAUCUAUUUCUUAAAUAGGCCCAUUUAAGUUGAAAACAAUCUUGAAAAGUCCCACAUCGCUUAUACGGAAGAAAGAAGCUGCGUUUAUAUACCGUCAGAGGCGAGUAAGCGAUUGUCCCUUCGGGGACAUCCGAUAAAAUUGGAACGAUACAGAGAAGAUUAGCAUGGCCCCUGCGCAAGGAUGACACGCAUAAAUCGAGAAAUGGUCCAAAUUUUUU